CAAUGAGUUGGUAUCCAAACAACAACAACCUUGGAUCCUGUCCCAAAGCACUCACCUGUCUUUGGAAGCCAUUGAAGCUCGUCUGCUGAACCCGAUUUCUAAGCAUUCAUUGCAACUUAACCUUUUUUUUCCUUUUGGUCCGUGAAGCCUGUUUUUUCAAGCAAAGCUUGCCUUUUUGAGUCACCAAAGUCUAACCCCACUUUGGAACUUUGCUUUUUCCUUUUUGGGUAUGUGAGCUUAGCUUCACUUUAGAGUCUCGUUCGUGAUCCCUGAGAAAGCAAAACCCAGUUUCUGGUUUGGUUUUGGUCUCUUAAAAUGAACUCUUCUACAAGGUUGGAUUCAGUUAUGUUUCAGCUCACACCAACUAGAACCAGAUUUGACUUGGUUAUAACUGUGAAUGGAAAGAAGGAGAAAGUUGCAUCAGGGUUGCUCAACCCAUUUCUAUCCCACUUGAAGGCAGCUCAAGAUCAAAUAGCAAAGGGUGGUUAUUCAAUUGUUCUUGUGCCUGGGCUUGACAGUGAUGCCUCAUGGUUUACCAAGGGAACAAUUGAAAGGUUUGUUCGCUUUGUGAGCACUCCAGAGAUAUUGGAACGUGUUUAUACUAUAGAAUCCGAAAUUGCACAAAUUGAAGAGGCAAUUGCAAUUCAAGGAAAUAAUUCUGUAGGGAUGAGCUUUGUAGAGGAAAACCAAAUAAAACAUGUGGAAAGCACUGAAGGGAAUUUUGAAAGAACAGGCAGGAAGACUCAGCAGGAUACAAAUGAGGACAAAGCUAUUGUACUUUACAAGUCUGAUACACAGCCACUUGAUACGAAUGGAGGCACCAAAUCAGAAGGAAACCCAAAAGUUCAGCUUUUGAAAGUCCUGGAGACACGUAAAUCUGUGCUGCAGAAAGAGCAAGGAAUGGCAUUUGCACGUGCUGCUGCUGCUGGUUUUGACAUUGACUACAUGCCAGCUUUGAUGGCAUUUGCCGAAUGCUUUGAAGCAUCACGCUUGAUGGAUGGUUGUAGAAAUUUUAUAUCUCUAUGGAAAAGAAAGCAUGAAAGUGGCCAAUGGCUUGAAAUUGAAGCUACUGAAGUCACACCCAAUCGUGCUGACACCUGUGCAAUUAAUGCUUCUGGCAUAGUGAUUUCUAAUAUGGUUACUACAUCCCAAACUGAGUUGGACUCAGAAAGUAACGGGAAAACGAAUUCAGCGGACAGACAACCAACUGCAGGUUACCAAGAUAAUGUUCAAGGUCAUUUUCCAAAUGGUGGCUUCUCCUCUUGGCCUGUUCAUUCUCCCCCAGGUGCUUUACCCAUGUUUCAGACUUAUCCAGUGCAAGGGAUACCCUACUAUCAGAGUUAUCCUGGCAACAGCCCAUUUGUGCAGCCAGUUUCCUCACCUAUGGAUGACUCCAGACUAAAUGCUAAUCCAAAUUUGAAUAGAAGGCAUUCAAUGGAUAAUGGAAAGUAUACUGCAUAUGAAACUAUGAAUGAAAUGGCUAUGGAAAGGGAAGGUUCACUGACUGGAGAACGAUGUAAGAAGGAUGGCCGAUCAGGCAGACACAGAUCUGGUAUGGUGGUCAUUCGGAACAUCAAUUACAUAACAAAGACAGAAAGAUCUUCUGGAAGUGGAUCAUGUUCAGAUUAUUCCUCUGAAACUGAUGAAGAUAAAGAGGUUCAGGCAUCUGUCAAGACAUCAAAAAGAAGAGGAUCCAGUGACAAAUCCUUGAAACGGCUGAAUUUAUCUGAUAAGGAAGUAACACACUCUGGGAAAGAUGCAGAUGGAGGACAGUGGCUAGCGUUCCAAAAUUGUUUACUGAGAGGCGUAGAUGAAGAUAGGCAUGUUGUUGAUCAAGACAAGUUUGAUGAAGUGAGAAGAAAAAAACUUGUUGCAAGGAAUGAUCCUAUAGAUUUUACUGAGCGUAAUAUGCAUGAAGUUCAAGGUAGUGGAGCCUUAGAUAUGCAGAGAAUUAGCAAUGGAUUGACCCAUAUGCCUAGGUCAUCAUCUAAUGAUGGUUUCUUGUUAUCAAGAAGCUCGGGACAGUCUGUUAAUGGUAGGUCUGUGGAUGCUAUGCAGUCUUUAGAAAUAGAUGGAAGGAUUGGUUGUAGAAGAGGGGCAAAUGAUAAUUUUAUUAAUGGACUAGGUUAUUCAAGCAAUAAAUUGGAAAGGAAGUUAUUUCAUGAUAUGAACGAUGACUCCUAUGUAGUCAGAGUCAAUGAUUCAGGAAAUCUAGAGAGAAAUGCUAUUGAUAUGGACUCAGAGUUCCCAAAGGUACACAAGAAGGAAGAAAAUAAUUCCAAUUAUCAGCCAGAUGAAUUGAGUCUGAUGCCUGAACGCCGAGUAGAAAAGGGGUUAAUGGAUUAUGAUCGUGCCUUAGACUAUGAAAUGCAGGCUCAGACAGGGGGUGGUGCUUUGCAAGAUAAAAAGAACAAAGGUCUGAAACCAAGAUCCAAGAUGAUGGAUAAAGAUCUGAAAUCAAAUCCUACACCAAAUAGUUCUUAUCUAAAAAAGACUGUUGGGCCAGUAAGGAGAGGAAAGACUAGUAAACCGAGUCCAUUGGAUGAAGCACGAGCACGUGCUGAAAGACUACGAAACUACAAAGCUGAUCUCCAGAAAAUGAAGAAAGAGAAGGAAGAGGAAGAGGUAAGACGCCUCAAUGCUUUAAAGAUGGAGAGGCAAAGGAGAAUUGCUGCCAAGAGUAAUUCAAUGGCUACCAAGUCAUCCACGCCACCACAGCAAACGAAGAAACAGAUUCCCGCAAAGCUUUCUCCUAGUUCUUAUAAAGGGUCUAAAUUUAGUGAUUCGGAGCCAGGUUCAUCCUCACCCUUCCAAAGAUUUCCACUCAGAACUGCUUCUGUUGGAUCCAAUGAUUCUUCCAAAGCCCCAAAAACCAGCAGAUUGAAUACGAACAAAUUAAGUCGAUCGGCGCCUUCUCUGCCUGAAUCCAAGCGAGAGAAGGGUGAUGGUACCACUGAUACUAAGGCAUCAAUUACUAGAAUUAGAAGAUUGUCAGAACCUAAAAUGAGUACCAUUCGUCAUACUUCUUCAAUAUCUGUUAAACCAAGAGGUGCUAGGACAAGUUCAAUUACUAAAGCAACUAAUGAGACUGAUAUCAGAAAGAUUUCUGCUAUUGUGAAUCAUGAUAAAAGCAAGACUACAACUCUCCCUGAACUAAGAAUCGGAACAUCUAAAACAAGUGACAUUGGAUCGUCAGUUAAAGAGAGGACACAGAAGCUGAAUAUUAACAACUCUUUGAAUUUAGAAGGCACCUUGCUGAAGAAAAAUGAAUUUGAAAUCUCACCUAUUGACGAUGAAGAUGACAAUCCUAUUAUUGAGAAGACUGUUGUAAUGCUUGAACGUGAUAAACCCUGUGCUCCCAAUAGUAAUGAUGGCAAGGCAAAAGAAAAAACAAGGAUACUGAAGGGACAGUAUGAGAAUGAUAAAGUAAUGGAGAAAACUGAAACAGUACCAAGUAAUGUUGCUCUUCACACAUCAGUUUCGGUAGAUACAGAAACCUCAGACAAUAAAUCACGUGUGAAACCUGGAUCAUCCAAGGUUACAAUGAAUGAUAUAGAGAAAGAGCCUACAAAAUCGUCUAGCAUUCAUAUUACUGAUAAAACAUAUCACUCCCCUCAUGUUCGAGUUUCUUCUUUGGAAGAUUGUAGUACACAAAGCUCUGAGUUCGGUAAAGCACCUUCUGCAAGCUUUGACAGUGCAUCAAUUGGUAUGGAGACUUUUAGAUCACGAGUGUCUGAUUCCAGAAAUUCAACUCUUGAGAAGAUUCCUGAGGUGAUUGAGAAGCCUCAGGUAAAGGAAUCAUCUAAGGGGUUGAGACGGCUGUUAAAAUUUGGAAAAAAGAACCAUGACUCGCCACCUGCUGCUGGGCGCAACAGUAUUGACGGCUCCGAAGCAAAUGAGAUUGGAAAGAAUGGUUCCCCCAAUGAAGUUCAUACUCUGAAGAAUUUGCUCUCUCGAGAUGAAACUCCCCCAAGUGCAACUCCUAAAAAGUCUUCUCGCUCUUUCUCCUUGUUAUCACCCUUUCGAAGCAACAAAGGAAAAAAGAUAAUGAUGUCUUGACAGAAUUUAUACUGUUCUUGCCAAUUGAUUCUUUCCCUUUUUAUCUUAUUGUGUUAUAUUUGUCUUAGCUCAGAUUAUUUUGUUGAUUCUGUUAACCAAAAGGAAUUUUGGCCCUCUUUUUGACAGUUCUUUUGAGCUUCAAAACCUCGACAAAUUAUUUGAAAAUCUAAAUGGGAAAUUGAUUCUGAAUCCUUAAGGAUUUGGUUCAGCAUGUGAUGAUGUAAAUUUUGUUUAGAUAACAGGAAAAUCAAUUAUUGUAUUUUUUUUUUCAUGAAAAACAGACAUCUCAAUGUAACAUUAUGGGUGACAUUAAUUUGGAGAUACAUUUCAUUUACUCAA